UCAUUAAGCGAAGAGAGAGAUGAAUCUCGUUAAGAUUGGCCCUUGGCAAAAUACCACCGCAUCUUCCUGGCUUAUGAAACUCAGUUUUCUUUGGCUUUUUAGUCAGAAUUGUUGUCAAGCAAGUGCAGUUUGGACUGCUUACAUGAACAUAUCAUUUCAUGUUGGGAAUCGCAUAUUGUCAGAGUUGGGAGAGACUGGAGUAUUUGGAAGAAGCUCCACUUUGAAGAGAAUAACAGGAGUUCUAGUGCCACCAGAGGGAAAAACUCAAAAUGCAUGCAAUCCUAAUACCAGUUUCCGAAAAUCAAAGAACUCAGGGCCGUGGCUUGCACUUAUUGAAAGAGGAAGUUGUACCUUCACACAGAAAAUUAAGGUGGCAACCGAGAAUGGAGCCAGUGGAGUGAUCAUCUAUAACUUUGCAGGAACUGGCAAUCAGGUUUUCCCCAUGUUUCAUAAGGCAUUUGAAGAUACCGUUGUAGUUAUGAUUGGUAACUUAAAAGGCAUGGAGAUUUUGCAUUUAAUUCAGGAAGGAGUUCAUGUUACAGUCGUGGUUGAGGUGGGGAGAAAACACAUCAUCUGGUUAAAUCACUAUUUUAUCUCCUUUAUGAUUGUCACAACUGCUAUUUUAGCGUAUUUCAUCUUUUAUCAUGUUCGAAGACUUUGGGUAGCAAGGACUCAGAAUAGGAGAUGGCAACGGUUAACAGUAAAUCUCAAGAAAGCGUUUGGCCAGCUCCAAGUUCGAGUAUUAAAAGAAGGGGAUGAAGAAUUAAAUCCGAGUGGGGAUAGCUGUGUAGUUUGCUUUGAACCCUAUAAGGUUAAUGAUAUAGUUCGUAUUCUGACUUGUAAACAUUUUUUCCACAAGAAUUGCAUUGACCCCUGGAUUUUAGCCCAUGGGACUUGUCCCAUGUGCAAAUGUGACAUACUAAAAGCUUUGGGGAUUCAAGUGAAUGUUGAAGAUGGAACGGAAUCUUUGCAAAUUCUCAUGUCCAAUGAAUUGCUUGAAACUGUCUCACCUCGGGAAGAGGAGACAAAUAAUGAACUUCCACCAGCAGUGACAUCAGAUAAAGUGAACCAUGAGGAGGAGCACCCUACUUCUCCAAAUAAUGAUGACCAGACUAACUUAGUAGUGGAAACUUUUCAUUCCUCACCUUGACAGCAUGACCUUUGAGGAAGUGGAUUAAACCUGUCUGUCAAAUCAGGUCCUAGUACUUACACGCAGUUUGUCUGUUUAAAGUGUGUUUUUGUGUCCUUUUCUGCUACUUUGGUAAUUUCCUACAUGCUAUAUAA